CAGGAGCUUUAUUAUGCAGAAAUACCAAAAUGAUUGGCCUGAUAUCAAAAUGAGUGAUCAUAAAUAAUAACGCGAGAGUUUGCAAGUUGCCUGCCGACUGUAGUCACAACUGUCAAAGGCAGCAGCAGCGGAUACGCGCGUGACCCAGCACCCAUACUGUUACUGUACACGGUCGCGGAGAUAAUAUCCCUAUCAAACAAAUACACGGCAUAAUCCCGAGGUAAGGAGAGGAAUAUAUCGAGGGGGCUGCGGCGGAAACUGCGCGACGCCGUGCCUUUCCCCUCCGCUUUCCGUCGCGUUCACUUCUUCCAGCCUCGAUUACUGCACUAAACAUAUCACCGUGCCUCCUUUAGCAACAGCGCGAGGUUUUUUUUUUUUACUCCUCCUUCGUAUUAAAGUCGCCAUUUUGCUUCACUGCCUAUGAAAGCUUCUUGUAUUUUCAUAUUUUUGCCGGCGUUUCUCCGUAUUUGUGCGCGUGCUUUUGAGUUGGAUUUAAUGAGAGAGCUCGUGGAUUACAUAUUAAUGAAGAGGGGCGCCGAGUGCAGUCUGGAAACACGGUGAAACUGUUCGGCUUGUGGGCAUUUGCAUCAGCUGGCUCUUUUUUCCCUUCUUCGUCUUCUUCCUCUUCCUUCAUCAUCUUCCUCCGCGGAUACGCACAGCGGGGGCCGUGAGUGUGGCUACCGACCGUGACGCCCGUCUGCCCGCGACCCCCCGCGUGUCAGGUGUGUUUGCCAUGUAAAGUGAAGCUGCUCGACGCGAGAGUAAAGGCUACAGCCUGACCCCACGUGGGUGACCCGCUCACCCGCUCACCCGUCAGUGUUGGGUGGCUAUCCAGGCAUGGACACCUCCAGCAGUGCACGGGUGGUGAAGCCUUCCUCGGGCACGUCAAAGGGGCGCACUGCCAAACAGGCCCACCCCGCCGAGACGGCCCUCAUGGGCAACACUGAAAACGACAAUCAUGGUUCCUCCUAUAAUGAAAAAGCAGAGGGUAAGAAGAAAGGGCGUCCUCGAGUGGAGGUGCAGGAGCUGCGUAAUAUUCCUGCCCAUAUGAUGGUUCAGUGGAAAGAGGAGUUUAAGAGUCGUUCCAGGGUGAAAUGUCCAAGCUCAGGCUGCUGGCUGGAAUUCCCCAGUAUUUACGGACUUAAAUAUCACUAUCAGCGAUGCCAAGGGGCGACCAUAGCAGAGAAGCUGAGUCACAGCUGCCCGUACUGUGAGGCUGUGUUUGCCACCAAGGUGCGUCUUCAGAAGCACAAGCUGUGGAACCAUCCAGAAAGAGUCACCAUGGAGACCAAACCCGACCCCAAACCCGAACCCAAACAGCAGAAAAGCCCCAUGAAGGGAAAUGCCAAAAAAAGGCCCGUGGAGAACAGCCCUCCGUCGCCUGUAUUUUUCAAGGUGAAGAAGACGCAGGAGGCAUCCCAGCCCUCACAGAAUGGGAAUUGCGCCCCCCAGAGGCCGGACAGAAGACAGCAGCAGAGCACGUCUGUAGACACAGGGGGCAGCGAGAGCGAGGGGGGCAGUUUACCUCCACCAUUCCCCGAGGAAGACCCAGAGAGGAUGAAGCACAGGAGGAAGCAGAAAACUCCAAAGAAGUUCACCGGGGAGCAGCCGUCCAUUUCAGGAACAUUCGGUUUGAAAGGAAUGAAUAAGGUGGAGGAGAAGUUAAAAGCAGGCCGGAUGAAGCGGGCAGAAGGGACUCAGUUCAGUGAGGAGUCCCCAAGGAAGCAGUCGACUCAAACUCCCAACAGAAAAGAAGCUAGUUCAGUGCCUCCUGCUGAAGCCCAGUGGCAGAGCACCAUCUCUGAGAGAGGAGAAGUCGUCUGUCCGACAUGCUCUGUUGUCACUCGCAAGACUGUACAUGGUCUGAAGAAGCACAUGGAGAUCUGUCAAAAGCUGCGGGAUGCUCUCAAAUGUCAGCAGUGUCAGAAACAGUUCCGAUCAAAAGCUGCACUCAAUUACCACAACAUGGCUGACCACAUUAAGCCCUCGGCAAGUGAGAAUGUGUCUGGGGAGGAGCAGGAGGAGAGAGAGAGACUACACUGCAUCCUCAAACAGAUGGGCCGAAUCAAAUGUCCCAGUGAGGGCUGUUCAGCUCAUUUCUCCAGUCUGAUGAGUUAUCAGUAUCAUCAGAAACGCUGUGCCAGUGAGCUGCCAGACAUACAGAAGCCGGUCUUCCUGUGCCAGCACUGUGGUAAGACCUACCGCUCCAAAACUGGCCGAGACUAUCACCAGCGCACCGAGCACACCAUCACCACCCUGACCACUCACUCGCAGGAGGACAGUAAAGAUGAGGAGGAUGUGUUGGAGGAAGAGGAUGAUGAUGAUGAUGAUGAAGAUGAGGAUGAAGAAGAACAAGAGGAGGAGGAAGAGCCUGUGCUGAAGAAGAGCAUAGAGCGGGAAAAGCAGAGCGAAGAUGAGCAGGUGGAGAAGAUGGAGGAGAGGAAGGAAGAGAAAGCGCAGGUGGAGGAUCUGCUGGAUUUGGAGAGGACGCCGAGCGGCCGGGUGAGACGGCGCUCUGCUCAGGUGGCUGUAUUUCACCUGCAGGAGAUCGCAGAGGACGAGCUGGCCAAAGACUGGGGCACCAAACGAAGAAUCAAAGAUGAUCUUGUACCUGACAUUAAAAGGCUCAACUACACAAGGCCAGGUCUCCCAAACUUCAGCCCUGAAACUGUGGACAGCUGGAAGAACGAGGUGAAAGAAAAAGGAUUCAUCUGCUGCCCAAACUGUAACUGUGAGGCGAUCUACUCAAGUGUAUCUGGACUUAAAGCCCACUUGGCAAGCUGUAAUAAGGGAGGAGGUGACGUAGGGAAAUACACGUGUUUGCUCUGUCAGAAAGAGUUUAACUCUGAGAGCGGCGUAAAGUAUCAUAUCAACAAGACACACUCUCAGAACUGGUUUCGAGCCUCCGCCAACGAGAUGGCCAACAACAAGAAGAAAGAACCCGAGAGCAACGGCUUACAGAAGGACAUGAAAAACGCAGUGCCUGGGAAGAGAAGGGGACGAAAACCCAAAGAGCACCACCUGCUGACCACAAGCUCAUUUCCAUUAGAGACUCAGAGCUUCACUUCAGAUCCAGCUCCAGUUCCACCAGAGAUCCAGACCCCCCCAUCCCCAGAGACCCAAACCCCUGCACCAGAACCCGACACCAACACCCCAACACCACCCCCUGUCCCGCUGCACACCGCGAGUCCAGCCCAAGCCAGAGACACACAGCACCCUAUAAAGAAAAGAGGAAAAACUAGGAAAGAGUAACACAGCAUUCACCACCAGAAGGGAAGAUUUCCCAACUCCACCUGGAUGCAGAUGAAAAAAACGUUGUUUGAUUUGGUCACAGAAAGGAAGAACGAGCGGCUGAACGAACAGAAAUGAUUGGAUUUCACACUGAUCUUUGGGUUUUUUAAGCUGAGUAUAUACAUUGUGUGUGUGUGUGUGUGUGUGUGUGUGUGUGUGUGUGUGUGUGUGUGUGUGUGUGUGUGUGUGUGUGUGUGCUGAUAUACUAGUACUCCUGUUGAGUUUUCAUUCCAUUUUUAUUGUUCAGUCGCAUAAGUUCUUCACUCUAACUAAGGGGCAGUUAACAUAUAAGCUCUCAAUAUGUGUGUGUGUAUAUAUACAGCAAUAGGACAAAAUGAUAAAAUUAUUUGAAAAUUCUCAGUUUUUAUAGGUUUACAAUUUAUAUUUAUGUGCAGUGUUGGGAAAAGUUACUUUUAAAAUUAAAAUAUUAUAAUCCUAAGCUUUUAUUUACAUAAAAAUAAAACAUAUUUUGUGUGACAAGGUGGCUCACUGUUGCUUCACAGCAAGGUUGCUGGUUCGAGUCCCAGCUGGGCCAGUUGGCAUUUCUGUGGAGUUUGCAUCUUCUCCCAAAGACAUGUAGUAUAAGUGAAUUGGGUAAGCUAAAUUGUCCGUAGUGUGUGUUUGAAUGAGUGUGUAUGGGUGUGUCCCAGUGCUGGUUUGCAGCUUGAAGGGCAUCCGCUGCAUUAAACCUAUGCUGGAGUGGUUGACGAUUCAUUUUGCUUUGGCGACCUUCGAAGACUAAGCCAAAAGAAAAUGAAUGAAUGAGUAAAACAUAUUUUUCCUUAAAAAGUAACUGAGCAACACAUUUAGUUACCUUUUCUUAAAAUAGGCCACUCAAGAUUGUAAUUAAUUAAUUUUAAAAGUAUGGGUAAAAUAUACAUAAACAUAAAAAUAGAAAUUUCGACCGAAUUUGAUAUAGAAAUGGUGACAUUUGGAGCUUUUUUUCAGGAAAUUUUUGUGAUUGACAAAAAGUUGCCAUGGUUUCAGACAUGUUUAUAUGAAUUUUAAGAGCACACAAUAGAAGUUUUAAAUUCAGAAGAGUAUAGCGUUCAAUAUAUGGUGGACAAACCUUGAUUUUCAAUGAUAGUAAAUUAAAACAUUUCUUAUUCUGACCAAAUGUCAUUAAGAAAUGCUCUAAAUGAAGAAAAAAAUUUUCAUCAGACCUUUUUUAAAAUAAAACUAAUAUUAACAUCUUACAAAAAAAAUCCAGCAAAUAUCUACACUGUAAAACCUAAUAGGUUGAGAUAACUCAAAUCAUUUGAUGAAACCGAUUGCAACAAACCAUUUAAGUUCAAAAACUAAUCCUAAUGAGUACUGUGAACUUAAUCCAUUUGAGUAAACGAAACAACUAAUCUAUUUGAGUACUUUGAACUUACUUCAUUUAAUUUGAAGUAAUUAAGUAUUUAGUCAUCUUCAACACUGAGUUCAAAACUCUUCAAAUGAGUAGAAUUAACUUUCAGUCAAUUUUGAGUUAACUACACUCAUUUCAUCUGAUGAAGUUGACUGUUGGGGUUUUACAGUGUAGUAAUAUAUCUAGUAAAUCCAGUAAUUCUCCAGAAACUGAGAAUUUUC